UGAUAGUAUAAAAGAAUUAUCUGAACCUCUUGAAGUCAGUUAUGGUCAGCUAUGGCUCAGCAUAGAAAGAGCUGGGUGGAAACCACCCUUGUCAUAGUGCUUGUGCUACAAUGCGCUUUGGCUAUUGACCAAUGUAAAACUGGAUGUGCGAAAGAUUCCGGCAUUUUAAACCUCAAACCAGGAACAACAUACAAAUAUGACUACGAUGGAAAAAUAAACAUCCAAUUAUCUAGUGCCGAAAAUCAGCAAACAUCCACUGAAGUGAAGGCUCAGGUACUCCUUACCCAACAGGCUGACUGCAGUCAGGUUUUGAAACUCCAAAACGUCCAAAUCAUUGGACCUGAUGGCAAGCCACGUGUUGGUAUCCCAGAUGUCGAAAAACCCAUUGUCCUUAACAGCAACAAUGGCGACAUCAACGAUUUCAUCUGUGCGGAGCAAGGAGACACUCAAAACUCCCUCAACUUGAAAAGAGCCAUCGCCUCCCUCUUCCAAACGAACCCUAAUAAGAACACGGAAAUCGAUGUCUUCGGUCAAUGUCCCACCCAUAUAACCAAGAGCCAAGACGGAGACAUUAUCACCAUCAGCAAAUCCAAAAAUCUGAACAAAUGUGCCUUCAGGGAAUCGAUCACCCACAGCUUCAUCAGUUCAGCGUUCGAUCUCAACAGCAAAAUCAAAACGAGUCCAGUUCUCGACUCUUAUUUGACCUCCCAACAAAAGAUCAAGGCUGGAGUUUUGGACUCAGCUAACGUAGUUGAGAACUACCUCUUCGUUCCUUUCUCAGUUGGCCAAAACGGAGCAAAAGCCACAAUUGAAUCCAAACUUCUGCUAACCGGAACUGGCAGUGAUAACCCAACAACCAAAUGUCAAGUUCCGAAGUCUAUAAUCUUCGAGAAUCCUCAUCCAGUCAAUCUACAGAAAACCAACGUCAACGUGCUCUUGAGCAAAGUGAAAAAGAUCUCUGAGAAACUCCAGACCAAUGUUGAAGACACGACAGCUAUCCAAUUCAUCGAGUUGGUUAAACUUCUUAGGGUCAGCAAAAAAACUGACAUCCUCUCCGUAUACAACCAAGUCAGAUCUGGCGUUGGUUUCACCGACAAAUUAGCUGCGAAAAAAAUAUUCUUGGAUGCUAUUCUAACAGCAGGAAAUGGAGAUACGAUUCAGGUUGCCAUCGAACUUUUGAAGAACAAGGAGCUUGACAUAAUUGAAGAACGUCAACUCUAUAUUGGUCUUACACGGGCAAGACAUGUUACCGAAGCUUCGAUCAAGACUGCGACCGACCUAUUGAACAGGGCUAAUUUACCACGUGAAGCCUAUUUAGGUAUAGGAGCACUUGCUGGACGAUACUGCGCUCAUCACUCUUGCGAGAAUGUAGACGCUAUCAACAGGAUUAUCCAGAAAUUCUUGAGCAAAUUGGGAGAUCUUAAGGCAGCUAAUAGAAAGGAGGAAAGUGAUAUGAUAUUUGUUCUUAAGGGAUUAACAAACGUUGGAUAUCUCAAUGAUGCAAUCCUUUCGAAACUUGUAUCCUUAGCUGAAGAUAAGAACCAACCAAUUCGUCUACGUGUCGCUACUUUGGAAGCGUUCACUGCUUCUCCAUGUAAAGACCAAUUGAGAAACAGCGCAUUGAAAACUUUGAAGGAUAUCCAAGAAGACUCUGAAAUCAGAAUUAAAGCUUACUUGGUUUUGACUCACUGUCCGAAUGACCAAAUAGGAAACGCCAUCAAGGCUUUGUUAGAAACAGAACCCAGCAACCAAGUUGGAGGAUAUAUCUCGUCGCACAUAAAAAAUCUGAGAUCUUCUGCUAACCCAGAUAAGGAACUGGCUAAAACGCAUCUUGGAUUCAUCCACACUCCUUCAAGAUUCGUAAUAGAUCCAAGGAAAUACUCAAUCAAUGGUGAAUUCUCCCACUCUGUCAACGCCCUUGGUGUAGCCAACAACGUAGAAGGAAAUAUCAUUUACUCUCAAAAUUCUUGGCUGCCCAGAUCAGCCAACUUGAACUUGACAGCUGAGGUGUUUGGACAGAGAUUCAACUUCUUGGAAAUUGCUGCCAGACAAGAAAAUUUGGACAAAGUUCUUGAACAUUACCUUGGACCUAAGGGUGUCUUACGAAAAGCUACAGUACAGCAAAACUUUGACAACUUCGCGAAACCAGUUCAAAAACUCUUCCAGAAUCUCAAAGAAAAAGUCGACAAAUCUUUAAGAGCUCGCCGUGAUGUUUCCAAGGCUGAUAUCGAUGCAAUCAACGAGAAAGUCCAAAUCAAGACCAAUGAAUUGGAUAAAAAUUUCGACUUGGACUUCAGCGUCAAGAAUUUUGGAUCUGAGGUUGUUUUCAUGAACUCUUUCGAUUUGACUGAUAAAUUAUCGACACAAAAUAUCAUUGACAAUUUCGUCAGUAAAUUGAACGAAGGUUUGGAUAAAUUGAAGAGUUUCGAAAAAACCUUGAGAGCAAAUCUCCUCAUUCUGGAUGCUGAACUUACCUAUCCAACCUCUCUUGGUUUUCCCCUUAGACUUGGACUGGAUGGAGCAUCUAACAUUCAAAUCAAGUCAGAGGGAAACAUUGAUGUCCGCAGUCUUUUGGCAAAGAGUGCCGAAAACGAUGUCAACUUCAAACUAUCUGUGAUUCCUAGUGCUACCAUUACCAUCAUCGGAAGAUUCAGUUUGGAUACUCCUGUUUUAGAAAACGGUCUCAAAGUAGCGUCCACCAUCCACACCUCAACUGGUGGAGAUUUGAUUGUCAGCACCUUCAACGGUGGUUUAGGUUUGGAUGUCAAAUUCACCACGCCAGUGGAAAAACAAGAACUUAUUGGUUUCAAGCAUGACAUCAUCUUCCAAAGCAAGGAAAAUGGUGUGGUUGUUAACAAUCAGCGUCUGAAAUUCUCCCAAAACAAGGACUUCUCCAUCUGCAUUGACCAUUUGGUCAGCUACGUCGGUUUGGAAUUCUGUGCUGAUAUCAAUGGACCAAAUCUAUCUGGAAAGAAGGUGCCUAUUCUUCCUUUCCCAUUCUCUGGAGAUGCGAAAGCCAGCAUCAGAAUUGAAAGAGGUGACAUUGACACCUUCCAUUACAGAAGAGAAUUUAUUGCAAGCAAGGAUGGUAAAAGAGGAGUCGAAGCAACCCUGGAGACAUACGGUAAAAACAGCAAGGGUGUCAGUGUGAACGUACAAGGCUAUAUCGCACCAGAGAAAUACCUCAAAGUCAUCUUGAACUCUCCGAUCAAAAAUGGCGAAGCUGAAGCACGCUUGAUCUCCAACAAGAAAGAAAAAUUAAUUUCUGUCUACGUUAAAGAUGAAGUUCACUUAUACUCAGCCAAAGCUGGAAUGUCAGUUGAAGGUGGUGGCAAUAAGUUCAUCUAUAAACCAGUUUUGGAAUACACCACUCCUGACAAAAAAGGACCACAAAUCCCGCCAUUCCACGUUGAGGGUCAAAUCUUAUCAGAGAGUUUGGGUGGAGAUGUGAGGUAUCAUUUGGACCAUCUGAAAUUGGUCAUCCCAGGCAGAAAAGAUUUAACCUUGACCGGCGUCGUUGGUACUCAUGGACCCGGUUAUUUAGCUGACGUCACACUUUCCGAUGGAAGCAACAGCGCAUCAUUGGAAGGAAACCUAGUGGCCCAGCCCCAACUACUCAAACUUGAAGCCAAACUGAAGAACUCCAUGAAUCCAAACCUCAACUUCAACUUUAAGGGUGAAUUGAAGAAGAACAAGGGUCUUGACCACGUCUCCAGCCACAUUCAACUUACACAUGGCAAUGAUCUUAAUUCUAAGACGAACACCUUGACCUUGGUGAACCUUUACACCUUGAAAAACCCAGGGAAGGACGCGCACCUCAUCACCAAGAACAAACUCACAUAUCCCCUCUUGAAGCUAAAUACGAAAUUUGAUUUGGAGAGAACCCCCAAAUCUCUGUUCUACGAUGUGCUCUUCAACUACGGCGAGAUCAAGCUUGGAUCUGAGUUCAAAAUCAAUAUUAACACCAAGAGUGUGGGUGACUACCAAUUGGAAUUGAAAGCCAAUGGUCUAAAGAACCACGUUGAGGUUAAAUCCUCCAGAAUUGUUAUCGGCGUUGAUGAAUCAAAGAUCGCCAAUUCACUUGUGUUGAAUGGAAAGAAAUUGGAAGUUUUGGGAAAAGUUAAACAUCACGUGAAACCCCACGACUUAAACAUUGGUUCGGAUCUUGUUAUUAAACUGCCAAACAGCAAAUCCCCAUGGAAGCUCAAUGAAGGAUUAAGACUCACCACCAAAGAUUUAGAUCUGCACAUCAAACUCCUCAAUGGAAACAGUCCACUCAUAGACACUGUUCUGAAAGCUAACAUAAUUGGAAAUGUAAAUGGUCAUAUCAAGGUCGAUGUCAAAGAAAUCCUUCACAUCAAUGGAAACAUCAAAGCUCAAAAGGGAGUUGGUAAUGGAAACAUUCUUGUGGAUGCAAAAUCAAUCAAAAAAUCAGCAAAACUUGAAACUUCCUUCAAUAUCCAUAAUCCAUUGUAUAAUUUGGAUGUUACCCUAUACCCAGUCUUCAACGAAGAUAAAAACAAGAAAAUCGCUCUUUCAACCAAGAAUAAACUCACUGGCACUGCUCUCGACUCUUCGAGCACCCUAGAUGUACUUGGCAGCAAAGUAAUCCUUAAUGCUAAAGGCCAAAUAGGCAGUCCCGUCAAUGGUAAGACUUUGAUAGAUGUUGAUCUCACACUGCCAUCCCAACAGUACAUCGCUGCAAAACUUGUUCGUGAUGUUUCAUCCAACAAUGGGGUCUUGAAUAUUGAUUCUUUGGUUUCUUUGGAACAAAGAUCAGAUAAGGCAUCACCUGGUCGUAAAAUCACAGUUAAAGGAGUGGCUAAAAAUACUAACUUCAAGGAAGGAAUAUUAGAUAUAACUAUCAAUGCAAAUGCUGACGAUUCUGCUGGCCACAAUGUAAAUGUUGAUUUAGCUGUGAAGCGACAGAAGAACGGGGACAAAUAUGUUAUUGACGUUAACAACAAAAUUACAAGCUCUCUCCUGAAAGAUCCAAUAGAGACAACUUAUAACGGCGAAUGCAAAGGAUUAACUGGAAAGUUCUCAUUGAAAACAACAGCUUGUGAGAAAACCUCUGGUUCAGUUCAAGGAACUUACAAUCUCAACGUAAAGGAAGGUCCACUAAGUGGCGAAGUCAGUCUAGAUGUGCAAACACCACUCGAAAUUCUGUCAAGUAUUAAGACUACUCAAAACAUCAAGAUUUCGAACCUUAAAACCGAAGCACCUAUUUCCGUGGAAUACCUUGGUGAUCUCAGCACAGUUAGUUCUAUCCCACGUUUGACAAUUGACGGUAAAGGAAGCUUCAAAAUUUGUGGCAACAAGCAAACAGGCCAAAUUGAGUAUCAUGGUGAAUUAGUCAAACCUAUCCAAACAUCCCUCGACGCUUCUGGAAGUUUCAACGUGGACGUGACCAAAAAAUCCGGUACAGUGAAGGGAGAUUUCAAAGCUACCCUUCCAGAAAACAAAGUAAUCCAAGGAAGCUCCCUUUUGACCAGGGAUGGACCUAGUGCAUAUCACCUCGAAGCCAGUCUCGAUCUUCCAAUUGAAAACCACAAAUCGAACAAAAUCAUCGUAGAUACCAAACACAACGAAGUUAAGGACAUCAGCAGCCAAGUUCAACUCAUCACUGAUGGACAAAAAUAUCUGUUGAACACUGAGCUAAGCCUGAACCGACAAACUCCAAGUGUGAGUUUGAAACUGGUCAAACCCGAUGGAAAAAUAUCUGAAUUGACAGCAAACUUGAACAGACAAAACGAAUCUAGACUCUUGGCUAACUUGAAGGUUUUAUGUGGAUGUAGUGAUUUUCUACUGGAAGGUGGUUUAGAUGUUAACUCAGAAAACUUGGACAACUUCUACGUACAAGUAACCGCUAAUUCACCAAAGUUGAAUAUCAAUGAUAUCCUGGUUAAAAUCGGUAAUGCUGCAGGAAAUGAUGGCCAAGGUUUGAACAUUCUUGUCACCUCAGCUGGAAAGAACGUUGUUUCUGGAAGUGCAACAGUUUCCUCUCGUCAAGAACAUGGUAAGUUCAUCGUAGAAGGCUCAGGAAACUUCAAGUUGAACGACAAGGACCAAUCUGGAAACUUCAAAUACAUAAGGACCACCUUGACCUCCGACCAAAAUGGAGAGACUGGGGAAGAAAUCAAUUUCGAUGCCACACUUGGCAACCGGGCGAUUGAUGCUGAGUUGAAGCUAACUAACAAAGAGUUCAGAUACUUGAACUCCUACUGUGAAGAAUCCAAACAAUGCGCUCAUAUUGAAGUCAAUGCUAAGACGGACGUAAAUGAUCUUGAACAUUUCAACAACCAGAUUGAGGUAACCAUCGAUCUUCGUGUUUUGGGUAUUCCAAAUGAGUUCGGACUUAAGGCUGUCACCAAGAGAGAUAAAUUAAUUUUGGACCAUACUGUAGAUGUUCAUUUUGAGAACGCUUUGAACAAAUAUCAAUACAGCGUUUACGUUCACCCCACACAAGCUGGAAUCUUCUUAGCAACUCCAAAGAGAACGAUCGCUUUAGAAGCUAAUGGAGAUGUAAAAGAUUUAAGCCUUCAGGAAGGUGGAAAAGCCAAUGUGGAAAUCGCUUUUUACACUGACAAAAAGAAUAAUCCAAACUCCAAAUCUUCGUUGAAGGGUAUCAUCAAUGUUGAUGUACCAAAAAAACAUAUCGACGUUGAAAUUGAUUUGAUUGCUGUUGGACAAACUAAGCCUCUAACUAUUAAGUACACAAAAGACGUCAAACAAGAAGGCCUCACCUCUGAAGGUUCUCAACAACUUAUCCUGGACAUUUUUGCUCUUCCCGAACAAAAAAUCGUUGCCGACCAUCAACACUCAGCCAAAUUUUCGAGAGAAACCUAUAGAUUCGAGGGAAAAUCAACACUUAAUGUUAAGAGCUCAGGUUUAGGCAUUGACAUUAAUGUUGAAAGGAAUGCACUUCUCGAUCCUAAAGCAUUCACGGUUAGCUACCAGGGAUCCAGCUCUAUUGCAGUCAAAAACAUCAAACACGAUUCCGUUCUUAAAUUAGUUGCAACACCCAAAGACGUCAAUGUUUUACUGAAACUCCUCAACAAGGUUCUUAUCCAAGUUGAUUCAGAUAUCACAUUCCAAAAGGGACUGAUAAAUGUCAACACCCUCACCACGGGCUUGGGUCUCAAACCAGUACAAUCGUUAUUGGAGAUCAAGAAUUACAACACUGUUAAACUUACUCAAUACCUCAAGGACGAUCCAAGCAAUAAGCUUCUAGUUACUGCAGCUCUCAUUCCUGGACAAAUCGCAGACGCUCGCGCUGUUCUUUCUACUGGGGGAGCCAAUAAAGAACUUUUCCAUGCUUCUAUCCAACUUGACGAGAAGAAUUUCUUACACCCCGACUCUGCUUUCGACAACAAUAACAUAAAGGAAUUCGCUGAGAAGGCCAGACAAGUUACACAAGACCAACUAACACAAUUGUCUGCUAACAUCAAGGAAGGAGCACAAGGAUUGACCGAUGACUUGAAAGAAAUAGGAAACGUUGUAAAGGAAACCAUUCCUGACCUAUCUAAAUCACAAGAAUUUUACCAAUCUGAGUUGAACAAGAUUAAGGAAGAAAUUGCAGCUGAUAAAUCAUUAGAACAGUUUGCGGAAGUUCUGAGGAGUACUGUUCAAGUUGUUAUUUCUACCGUCUCCGAAAUCAUCACAAACGCCAGCAAUAUCAUUGAGAAGGUAUUUGCCUCCCUUAACGCUGCCUUCUCUGGUACCAUACAGACAAUUCAAACUCAAAUACUCCCCAAACUGAAGGAAGUCUUGGACCAAGUUGUAGCUUCGCUGAAAGUUGUUGGCGAUAAAUUAUCCGAUGUAAUUUUCGCGUACCUAGCCAAAAUCUCUGAAGUUAUCGAUAUUGUUCAGCCACAAAUCAAAGCCAUAGUUGCUUCAUUAUCAGAAAUUUCCGAGGAACUCCAGAGAUUCAUCGUCAAAUCCUACGAGAGCAUCAGGACAGCCAUCAUCGAAGAAAUCAAGCACAUCAAGGAUGAACUCAAGGCUUCCCCCUUGAUUGAAAAACUCAAAGUUCAUUAUCAAGCUCUGCUCAAAGAAUUUUUACCAUCUCAAGAAGUCAUCGUCAAUACUCUCAGAGCUGCCAGUGGUGCUUUGAAAGAGGUUGCAAUCUUCCCUGAAUUCCAGAACUUCAUAGAUCUGGUCGAGAGAUAUUUGGAAAAGAAAUUAACCAACCAGCCCGUUGACGAUGUUGCUGAAUUGGAAAAAAUUGUUGCACGACUCAUUCAAGGUCUGCGAAGGUUAACUGCUGUUUUCACAACUGAAAUCCUCCCUGACAUUGUUAACAAAAUAAGGGUACCACAAAUUAACGUUGGUCUUCUCAAGAGAUUCCAAAUUGGAAGUGGUGAUAUCAAGGUUUCUGUAUUGGAUUACAUCCUGAAAGAAGACACCAAACCUAUCAUCAAGUUCUUAUUCAGACUCGUUUUCAUACCAAAGGACUUCUUGAUUCCAAGAACAUUAUAUGGAGAAGUUUCAUCCGAAAUUUUCUCAUUUGACGGUAAAGUAUUCUCCUUACCAUCAAGCUGCAGCUUCUUGUUAGCAAGGGACGCUGUAAACGGUAACUUCUCUAUUGUGGCCGAAUAUGUUGACCAAAAAUUGAAUGCACUCACUUAUAGUGACAAGACUACCACAGUCACAAUCAAGGAAGGCAAAGUUUUGCUGGAUAACGUUGAGGCCGAUUAUCCAAUUGAGAAAGGAGAUGUUCAUGUUCAUUAUCUACCAAGCAUGUAUUUACUGAAGAGUUCAGCAGGUGUAAAGAUAUUGUGUUCAUUGCAGAUGGUAGGAUGUGGAAUUCAAAUUUCAGGUUUCUAUCAUGGUCAAUUGAGAGGAUUAUUCGGAAACGGAAACAAUGAAGAAUUCGAUGAUUUCAUCCUUUCCGACGGUAAAAUCGCAACUACAGCUUCUGAAUUCGUAUCUUCGUACGCUCUUGGUUCCCAGUGUCCUAAAGUGGCAGCAGUUGAGGGUAAAGACGCAAAGCCGGAUCCUGGAUGUGAAGAACUCUUCAGUUGGAGUACAUCAUUGAAGACGUGCUAUCCAUUUGUGGACCGAACAAGGUUCAAGAGAGGUUGCGAAAUUUCUGUGGCUGCUGGAAAUAAGGAAGCCUAUUUUACAUAUGCCGCACACUAUGCCUAUGCUUGUUGGAAGGAUAACAUACCAGCCGUUAUACCCGCUGAUCUUGCUCCCAAAUGUGAAAAUUCCUUGGUUCCACACAAUGUUGAUGAGAAGUUCAGUUUCAAACUUCCUGGAAAAUCAGCCGAUAUAAUGCUCAUGGUCAACGUCGACAAAGCCAGUGAAGUCACCUACAAGGAGUACAUCCAACCAUUGGUUACUAAACUAACAGAAGAGUACAAAACCAAAGGCAUCACCGACUUGAAAUUCCAAUUGCUAACAUAUGGUGGGGAACACGAGAAAUCCACAUACGUCACCGUCAAGGGUUCUCCUAGCUUCACAGGCAGUGCACCAGAACUCAAAUUCUCCGAGAGGCCUAAGCCGUUCAAGUUUGUGACUGGCAUUCCUGAUGUGGACUCAACCAUCAGGCACGCUGUAUCUGCUCUAACUGAACUCAAAGUCGCUCUGGGUGGUCACCUUCCUUUGGAUUCCCAUCUAGAAUCUAUUUCGUACCCGUUCAGGGCAGAAUCAAUCAAACAAGUCAUCUAUUUGGCCAAUGAACCUUGUCCUAAUACCGCCCAACUGGUCCUCCUUCUGGCUCGUGCUCCUGUUCACGUCAAGAAAGAGAUAUUCCUGACCUACAUCACCCCGUUGGACUUGAAAGUUAAGGACGCCAAGAUCUCGAAGGAAAUCAUUGGAUUCGAUUCUGACAAAGUUUACACCCUAUCCAAUCCAACUGGUUCGUCAGAUCUGACUGGAGAGGUCGUUUACGAGAACAUCUGCUCUGAUCAUAUCCUUGCUGUUGGUGGAAUCAAUUAUGUCAGAGAAAACUUAUUGGCCAACAAGAACAACAAAGACAAAGUGCUAGAUAUUAUCGCCAAGAACAUUAUAGCCAAGACAGUGACGAAAGAGAUUGAAGUUGAAUGCACCUGUGGAUACUCUUACCUAAACCCCUUUACCCCAUACAACAGAUGUAGGGCUGCUACUAUAUUGUAGGGGAACUUGAUAUCAUAUGAAAAGUAUUCAUGCUCAUCUUGACUUUUAGUCAGAUUUGUAACAAAUGAUUUUUAACUUAUGAAUGUAAUUGAAAUUAAUGUGAAUUGUAACUUUUACACAAUAUAAUAUUUACUACCAAA